AUGUCUGCCCCGCCGCUUAAUUCCGCCGGCGGAUACAACCUCGAGUUCCACGCUCCUUCCGACGAUGCCUGGUACAGCGUCCGCGCGAUUUUCAAUGGAAAAAAUAAGGAGUUGACGGUGAAGUUCGAGAACUUCGGCGACGGAGAAGACUUGGUUUUCAAGCCGGACAGGUUUGUCACUGCCUGUGACCUCGAGGAGUUCGAAGCUCGAUUCAGGCCUGUUUCUCAUCAGCUGCAAGACUGGGAGUGCCGGGAGGCUAAGAAAGGAAUGCUGGUCUGCGUUUCUCACUCCGCCGACGGCUUGGACAACCGCUUCUACGACGCCACCAUUGAAGAGGUGAUUCAUAAAGAUCAUUCGGUUGUCAAUGGAGAAGAAGUGUGUUCAUGUGCAUUUGUGGUUGUUUGGAAACAUGGUCCAGCUAAACAUCUGCUGCACAGGAAGAAGAUCGAAAGCAUUUGCAUUGUUCAAUCUGUUUCAGAGCUUGAUCCUGCGGUAGCCAGUUUCUUGGAGGUAGCUAGACAGGAGAUUGAAGGUGGUGCUUGUUUCAAAGCUCCUCCUUUUUCCACCCAUGAAUUUUCUCCUGGGGAAAGAAAGGGAAGCCAGAGGUCUGCUAGUGGAAUGUGGUUCAUGCAAGGUGAUGACGAAUUCAAGGUUGGAACUCAAGAAGGGCUGGAUGUUGGUGAACUCCCAUUGCUAGAAACUAGUGAUGAUGAUGAUCCUCAUAUGGGAGGGCGCUAUGCUCUCCUUGUUGACAAUCUGGAGAAAGGAAUAUCCCCUUCAGAAAUAGUGCAAUUUAUACACAGGGAAACAUCAGUUCUUGUUGAAGCACAUAUUUCCUCAAGUUUCUUUUAUGAAACAUGUACAAAGGCUGCGAUCGUGGUGGACUCUAAGCGAAACUUUCAUGAAGUGUGCAACUUACUAGAUAGUCCUGAUCAUUUGGUGAUCUCUCAGACCGGGAGGCCCUUGGUGAUAACUGAGAAGAGUUUGCCACUUAGUACGUAUAGGAUCACAACCCAGACGAAUUACACACAGAUCAGAAAGUGGUUGCAUGGAAGUAAAGAGCAGGAAAAACAUGUGCUCAGAAUAGUGACACCUGCAUUAGAAGAAUACAGAAGAGCAAAGCAGCUCAAAGAUGUGUUAACGGAGUUCGCAAGUCACCAGAAGUGCCUCUUUCAGACAUUAUCUAAGAAAGAGAACGAGAUCAAGCAGCAUUUUUCCUCUGCAAUGUAA